AAUUGAAAUAUCUUUUAAUUUAAUAUUCGAGAUUAGCCCCAAAAGCUGUCGGUAUUAACCCAGACUGUCUCCUCCUUAUAUAUACCCCCACAAACCCUAACUUUCUCUCUCUGUCUCUCUCUGUCUCUCUUUCUCCCGCCUCCAUUUCUCUGCGUAUUUAAUAUUAACCCUUUGCCGUACAGAGGAAAUCGACUCACCAUCACCAUGGCUGUCGACUCACUUCGUCUGCGCAAGACAUCGCCACUCUCCAUGGCCGCCAGCGGUGAGCCUCAACCUGAGAAGCCGGCGGUGGCGAUUUCCAAGGAGUCGUCGCCGUCUCAGUUGAGAGGCGAAACGAAGGAGGCUCAUUUCAGAGGCGUACGGAAGCGGCCGUGGGGCCGGUUCGCCGCCGAGAUUCGCGAUCCGUGGAAGAAGACGCGCAAGUGGCUCGGCACCUUCGACACCGCGGAGGAGGCGGCGCGUGCGUACGACGAGGCCGCCAGGAGCCUCCGCGGUCCCAAAGCCAAGACCAACUUCGGCCACGCUCCGCCAAUUCCGAUCGCGAUUCCGAUUCCGCCGCCGCACGCCCUCGUCGUCAACGGCGGCGAAGCGUUCGGAGACUGCGUGAGGUUCUGGAGGCAGCCGGUGUACUUCGACGGCGGGGCGCUACCGCCGCCGAUGGCGCCGGUGAGGUCCGAGUACAAGGGAUACAAGCUUGAGAAUGUGGAUGUGGUGGUGAGUGAGCACGAGAAGAAGAUGAGCAAGGAGAAGAAACCUUUCUUGUUCGAUCUCAAUCUGCCGGCGCCGCUUUUCUGAGCCGCCGGAGACGGUGGCUUCGGUAAACGGGAGUUGGCUGCCCACUUUCCCCCUUUUCUGUGAAGUUUCAAUAUUUCAUUUUUGCCCCCGCGUGGUUACUUUUAUUUCCAUUUAUGUACAGCUUGUUUGUGGCCAAAUGUUUAGUAGGGCGGGGUUAGCAACCUGUUUGUCUAUUGUUAUGGUUGCUUCGUGUCUUACGCCGAGUUCGGGAGUUUUUGACUCGAUCAUAACUCGUUUAAAAUCUUAGGUUUGAUAAAAAUAUCCUUAAUUUAUGAGUUGAGU